CAAUUUAAAAAAAAUACAUAGUUGGCACUUGGUCAUUGGUUUCGUUUUUUCUUUUGUAAUUUCAAGAAGUUCUCGAAUAAAACUCAAAAUGAAAUUUAAAUAUUUAUUAAUCUUAGCAACAGUCUUGACAUACUACAAAAGCGAUGCACAAAGCCGUGCAAAAGGACUUGAAGAGAAAGUACAACAGUUGACCGAUUUAACAGCAAAGAAGUCUAUAAUAUCUUUAAAUUACAACCGAUUCAAGGAUUAUGUGAAGGCUCCCCCUAGGGAUUAUUCAUUUAUCGUGAUGUUCACAGCUAUGGCUCCAUCUAGACGCUGUGCUAUUUGUCAACACGUUUAUGAUGAAUAUUUAAUCGUCGCUAGCUCAUUCCGAAUGUCACAAAUGAAUAAUAACAAACUAUUCUUCGGUAUGGUUGACUUUGACGAGGGGUCCGAUAUCUUCCAAAUGCUACGUCUAAACACUGCACCAGUAAUCAUGCAUUUCCCAGCAAAGGGUAAACCGAAACCUGCUGACUCUAUGGACUUUGAGAGAGCUGGUAUUCAUGCUGAGGCUAUAGCCAAGUGGAUACAAGAUAGGACUGAUGUGCAGAUUAGAGUAUUCAGGCCACCAAAUUACUCAGGUGUGGUAGCAGUGGGGAUGCUAUUUGCACUAGUAGCUGGAUUCCUGUACCUCCGCAGGAACAACCUGGAGUUCCUCUACAACAAGCAGAUGUGGGCUGGUGCUGCUUUGGUGUUCUGCUUCACAAUGGUCUCUGGCCAGAUGUGGAACCAGAUCAGAGGACCACCAUUCUACCAACGCUCGAAGAAUGGUCCAGUUUAUAUUAAUGGUGGUUCCCAUGGACAAUUUGUGUUGGAAAGUUACAUUGUUGCAGCUUUGAAUUGUGCAGUGGUAGUGGGGAUGAUCGCCAUGAUAGAAGCCGCAGGGGGUGUGAAAAACCCUGAUUUAGUUCGAACUCUAGUUGAUGGGAAGAAGAGACGUUUCCAAUCUGUUGUAGGACUUAUAUUGGUUUGUGUGUUCUUCUCUCUACUUCUGUCCGUGUUCAGAGCGAAGACACAAGGAUAUCCUUACAGUUUCUUAUUUAAAUAAAAGAAAAAUACAUUUUAUUUAUAGUGUGCAAUUUCACUAAUGUGUUUCUAAUAAAUAUAAGUUAAAAUUAA